UUUUAUAUAUAUGAUGUUAUUUUGUAAUUGAGAGUAAAUUUCUAUAUUUAUUUUACUACUGACGUACGUUUGGCGUUAGUGUACACGUUGCCAAGCAACGCCGUAGCCCAGGGCUACCAGAGGUCUUCGGUUGGGCCGAGCUAAAGCGGACCGGAGGCACAUUUUCCCUGAAUGGUAACAGUACCACAGCAAAGAAAUGCCGUUCACCGAGGACUCCUUUAAACUCCCGCUUCACGACCAAAUAACCGAACUCCAGCGUAAAAUCCAACUGCUUGAGGGCGACAGAACUGCACAUUAUGAGAGCUCUCAGUCCACCAUCCGCAAAAACAAAGAGGCCAUCCGCCAGAUGAGGCUGGACAACAAGAGGCUGCACAGACACCUGGCAGAAGUGAAGGCUGGGGAUGAACACGUUAUUAGAGCUGCCUUUCAUAACAGAGGCAUGGAGAAGGAUGCCUUUCGCAACAUGUCAGGAAAGAAAGCCCUCUCAACGCUCGACCAAAAGGUCCUAGCUAAAACAAAGCGCCUCAAUGCUCUCAAACACACCACCCAAACCUAUCAGCGGCGCCUGGACGAUCUGAAGGUGGAAUAUGAGCGAAUGAAGCCCAAAGAAGUCAGCAGAGCAAAGUCCGCUGGGCCGCGCACUCUGAAAAAAGAGGAAGAUGCCAUGAAACUGCGCUCACUGGAGAACAGUCUCGAGAAAACCCAGUUCAAGUGCAAGGAAGCUGAAAACAUCAUGAUGUACUAUCUCAAACUAAAAAGCCACUUACAGGACGAGAGUCUGACAUUCCAAGGGCAGCUCGACAGUCUUGAGGCAGAAAUCCUGAAGCAAAGAGAGGAGCUUCACAGCCUGCAGCUCAUGAAUAACGACGCCCAGCUCUCCAGAGAAGCUGCCAAGGCCGAGUUACAGCUGCAGGAGGAGCUGCUUUUCAAGGAGCGAAAGGAGAGAGAGCGGAUAAUAGCAACCUACAGGAAGAAGGUUGUGGAGUGCAAGGCCCAUGCGGAAAAAGUAGAUAGAAGGGUUCAGAGAGCGGCCAUGCAGCCGGACGAGCUGAGCAGCGAGGCCCAGCGCAGCACCACCAGGAUGGCGGUCGAAGAGGAGAAAGCCAUCUCAACGUUUGAGGAGGCCUUCAGGCGCAUCAAAGACGCCACCGGGGUCACAGACAUACAGGAGAUAGUGGAGCGCUUCGUCUCUCAGAAGGACACGCAUCAACAUCUGGAGAAGCUGAAGGAGGAGAACGAGGAGGCCCUGUUGAAGCUGAAGCAGCAGAGCCAGACUCUCCACCAAGAGUUUGAGGAAAUGAAAUAUUCUGGAGAGACGAAAAUCUCCAGUGAUCAGCAGAUGCUGGAGGAGUGCGAGCAUCAGCUGCAGGCUCAGCAGCAGAGGUGUGAUGCAGCCAAAGAGCGUCUCGACUGGCUGGGGAAGACCCUCGGCACCGUCCGAGCUGGAGUGGAGCACCUCGCAGAGAAACUUCAACACAUUACACUGAGCAAGGACCCCGUUACUGGAGUGAAUCCAAACUCAGAUGAGUUUGUGGUGGAGCUCAUGGCCCAGUGUGAGCUGAAAUUACAGUCAUUACACAAGGAGCUUGAAGGGAAGGAUCUGGCUGCUCUCGUUAAGGAGAUGGACGAAGACGAGUUUUAUGUCCGGAUUGAGGGCAAACUGCCGGAGUACAACACCCACGUCCAGCUCCCCGAGGACCAGACUCCGUUCAACGACGAGGACGAGAGCGAAGAGGACGAGGCGGACGUGAUCUCACGGGAGGCUCUGAAGCGCCAGUCUCAAAUGAUCAUCGACUCCCACUCCAAGAAGAAGACCUUUGAUGGCUGCCGUGUUUGUAACACCCGUCUGUCUCCUGGUCCUCCGCCCUCGCUCAGAUGAGGCAGCAGGUGUGGGAGAGACCCUGUGAGGCGCGUGGGCCGGUAUCGUGACGGAAACCGGAGCUGGAGAUGAGGACCGUUCUCCCCGUGUGUGGAAGCGGGGAUGGGAGGGAGGCCGGGGGCCUCCGCGGCCGGGUGGGCCGGAUGAAGAGGCUGCUGCUGCUCAGGUCCAGCCCCUGUGGGGGCGUCCACACGGACACGGAGCCCGGCGUGUGGCUGAGGAGCUUCCAGAUGUUGGACAUUGAUGGACAGUAUGAGGACCCGGUUCAGGAGUGGGGCGAGGAGGAGGAGGACGGCGCCGUGUUCGGCAUCACCCUGCGCCGGGAGCCCGCCCCGCCGGGCGCCGGCCCCCCGGAGGUGGCCCCCCCGGCCCUCGGCUGCGUGCAGUACCACACGGUGAAGGUGCGCCGGCUGAAGGCCGCCACCCUGGAGCGCCUGGUCAGCCACCUGCUGGACCCCGAGCGCAGGGAGCCGGACUUCAUCCGCGUGUUCCUGUCCACCUACCGGGCCUUCACCUGCUCCAGCACCCUCAUCGAGCUGCUGUUCCAGAGAAAUGAAUCACUCACCAACCUGGACAACGCUGUGUGCCCUCGCAGUCCUUUGUUCCCCGUGAUCCGGCUGUGGCUGGAAGAGUACGAGGAGGACUUCCUGGAGCCGCCGGUGUACCAGGCUCUCCGGAAGCUGCGCGUCCAUUUGCAUCGCCGGCUCUGCUUCAGACGUCUGGCCCAGGCUGCCGACAACCUCCUCAAGAGGUUUCAGGAACAAGAUUGCAGCCUCUCUGCGUCAGAGCCGCGGCCGCAGGAGCAGAGUGACCAGGAGGACGGAGAAGACGCGCCCACCAAGGACUUCCUGGACUUCCCGGCCAGAGACGUGGCCGAGCAGCUCACCAGACUGGACGCUGAACUCUUCGUCAGAGUGGUGCCCUUCCACUGCCUGGGCUGCGUCUGGUCCCAGCGGGACAAGAAGGAGAACCGGAACCUGGCGCCCAGCGUCCGCGCCACCAUCUCCCAGUUCAACGCCGUCACCAACCGCGUCAUCACCUCGCUGCUGUGCCCCGCCCCCCCCGGCCCCGCCGCCUCCUCCCCCGUCUCCUCGCCGGGCUCGGCCGCCGCCUUCCCGUACCCCCCCUCGGCGCCGGCCUCGCCCCGCUGCCUCCACAGCAGCCCGGCGUCCAGGGCGCGCCUCAUCGAGAGGUGGAUCGCCGUCGCGCAGGUGUGGGGGGGGCCGGGGAGCAGGCGGGCGCUCCGGGAAACGUUCCCCGUGGCGGCGCACACGUCCCUAAAACGUCGGUUUGUGUCUCGGCAGGAGUGCAGACAGCUGAAGAACUUCUCCUCUCUAAGGGCCAUCCUCUCAGCCCUGCAGUCCAACGCCGUGUACCGCCUCAAGAAGACCUGGGCCGCAGUCAGCAGAGAAAGCAUAACGGCGUUCGACCACCUGUGUGAGACUUUCCCUGAUGAGAACUGUGUGCUGACCAGCAAGGAGAUUCUAGCGGAGAACUUUGGCAGUGGCGUGGUCCCCUACCUGGGCACCUACCUGACCGUCCUCACCAUGCUGGACACGGCCCUGACCGACACCGUGGGGGGCGGGCUCAUCAACUUUGAGAAGCGCAGAAGGGAGUUCGAGAUUCUGUCUCAGAUCCGCCAGCUGCAGGCUUUCUGUUCGCACUACGGCCUCCCGCACAGCCCCCGCAUCACCGCCUGGCUGCAGGGCCGCACGCUGCUCACCGACCAGGAGAGCUACGAGCUAUCUCGAGACCUGGAGCCCCCCGUCGAUCCCUGCCCCAGCUCCCCCUGCUCAUGGAGCAGCCGGCUCCUCACUAAGAAGCUGGCCUCGUUGCGAACAUGCAGCGAGAGCUCGCUCAGGAAGGCCCACGCCGAUCAGAUCAGCGUCUCUUCCUCCGGCUCCAGCAGUUCAGACAUGGAGGAGCUCUCCGCCCCGCAACCCUACCCCCUCCGCCUCAAGUUCAAGUCUCUCUCAGGCUCCCUGCACAACGUGGCGGAGGACUUCUCCUCCAUGUCCUGCUCCUCGCCGAGCCUCUCCAGCUCGUCCUGCAGCUCCUCGCAGCCGGACCUCAGCUCCCCGUCUCUGAGCCCAGAGUCGUCCGGCGGCUCCCCGCAGACGGUGCAGCCCGUCUACAACAAACAGAUCGCCGACCUGUGCAUCAUCAGGGUCAGCGUGGAGUGUGUCAGCAAUGGAAACGUCUACAAAAGCAUACUGCUGACCAGCCAGGACCACACGCCUCAGGUGGUUCAGCGAGCCCUUGAGAAGCACAACAUGGAGGACACCAGGAGCAACGACUUCAGCCUCUACCAGAAGCUCAACAACCGGAAAGAGCUCCACAUACCCGACAAAGCCAACGUUUUUUACGCCAUGUGCACAUCCGACAACUACGACUUCGUCCUCCGACCCCGCUGGAGGACCCACAGGAGACAUCUAAGCUCCUCGUCCAGCCCCGGGGCUCACCUCAAGGGACAUCGUAACAACGCUGCUGAAGAGACUCUCAAACCUGGACUGAAAAUUGACCCGGCAGAGCUCUCCCAGCAGCAAUAUGUGUGGAAACAUGAAUUAUUCUCCCCUAGUGGAGAUGUCAAGGCAUACGGAGGGGAGGCCGCCAGAGAGGAGCUGCCGGUUUUUGGACAAUACCGCUACUCACAGAGGAUCUUGUUUCCCGACAUGAGCCCACUCGCACGACGGUGGCGGUCGUGGUGA